UAUGAAUGAAAUAAUACUAAAAUUUGAAAUUUUAAAAUACUGUUUGCAGAAAUAAUAUCAUCGCACUUUUUCGUUGCAGAAGAUUUAGGUGGUGACUGUAAUUUCAAGAUUGAAUAUCUAACUGAAUGAUUUACGAGGAAAAUUUGACGUACACGUCACUCAACAAUAAAAAAACUAAAUGUAAAUAAACAGUUUUUUGAGUUUUUCUCUGAAAUAAACUAUAAAUUAUUAAUUAAUUAGAAGAUGGGGAGCAGUUACUAUUUUGUUAUUGUCGGUCACAAAGAUACGCCUUUAUUCGAAAUGGAAUUCACAAGUAGCAAGGAUUCAAAGGAAGACCACAGGCAUCUAAAUCAGUUCAUAGCACAUUCAGCUCUCGAUUUGAUCGACGAACACAAAUGGAAAACACAUAAUAUGAACUUGAAAUCCGUAGACAAAUUCAAUCAGUGGUUUGUUUCUGCAUUCGUAACUGCCAGUCUUAUAAGAUUCGUGAUUGUUCAUGAUGUACGUAACGAUGAUGGAAUUAAAAAUUUUUUCUCGGAAAUUUACGAGACCUAUAUCAAAUAUUCAAUGAAUCCAUUUUAUGAAGAAGAUACUCCCAUCAAAUCUCUCGCUUUCGAGAAAAAAGCUCAACUCUAUGGAAAAAAAUUUCUCAUAAGCUGAAUUCAUUCAAUAACGCGGAACUAUGCUUUUGUAAAUUUAAGAAGUCAACUGAUUGUUAAUUAAAUAUUAUAUAGGUAC